AUGAACAAACUUGUUUUAUUCGUCCUCUUAGCUGCAUGUGGUUCAAUUCUUGCCGAUACUGCCUCUACCUGUUCUGCCUUAUAAACAAAAAGCGAUUGUGCUCUUAACAAUAAUUGUAUAUUCACUUCAAACUAUGUUUGCGAAAAUAAAUGUGAAAUUCUCUCUAUCACUGAUUGUGCCUUGACUGCCAACUCUUCUAAAUGCGAUCUUGUUUCUACUUGUGAAAUAAAAGUAGAUUGCUCAUAAUUAAAAUCUCAACCCACCUGUUAAGCUCAAAGUAUUUGUAUAUGGAGUAAAGGAAAUUAUUGCUACAACAGUGUUUCUUUUACAGUUUGUGAGGCAAUUUCAGAUUAGAUCAAUUGUAAUGCAAAUAAUGGUUGUUUAUGGUAACCUACUAGUUGUAAAAAUAAUGUUAAUACCUCCUGUUCCUAAGGUGACAACUCAGCUACUUGUACAAAUUAAGCAAAGUUCUGUAAUUAUACUGAAAAUGGUGGUACUUGUGGUGUUUAAAGUAGUUCAGGUAAUUAAAAUACCCCAAGUAAUUCAAAUACUCCAAGUAAUUCAAAUACUCCAAGUACUUCAAGUCAAAUUCUUGCUAUCAGUUUAAUUACAAUAAUUGCUUUAAUUUGA